UAGUCAGAUCACUGCGGCUGUGCGCUGUAAAGUUAGACAUGUCGCUGGUUUAUUCUUUUGCGCUGAUUGUACUUCCAUUUCUGCCUGGAUUUGAUGGCUAUUUAUACCAUAUCCAGAGGGAAUGUCGUUUCACUUCCGGGGACCUGAAAGACCUUGAGUUUAUCGACAGGUACAUUUUUAACAAAGUGGAGUAUGCGAGAUACAACAGCACUGAGAACAAGUUUAUUGGCUACACGGAAUUUGGAGUGAAAAAUGCAGAGAGAUGGAACAAAGAGGGAGAGAAUGACCGACUGCACACUGGCCUGGAUGGGUACUGCAGGCACAAUGCUGAGCUGGGGGUACAAUACAUACUUGGGCAUUCAGUUCAACCUUCAGUAAAGGUUAAAUCUGUGAAAUCUGGCAGUCAGAGACACUCCACUAUGCUGGUGUGCAGUGCAUAUAACUUCUACCCGGAGGGAAUCAAACUGACUUGGCUGAGAGAUGGGAAGGAGGUGAAGACUGAUGUGACUUCCACUGAAGAGCUCUAUGAUGGAGACUGGUACCAUCAGAUACACUCUUACCUGGAGCUCACAUCCAAAUCUGGAGAGACCAUCGCCUGCAAGGUGGAGCACAGCAGCUUUUCUGAGCCCAAGGUCUUCAAAUGGGAUCCCUCAAUGUCUGAUGGGAACAGAAACAAAGUGAUCAUUGGGGCUUCUGGGCUGGUUUUGGGACUGAUCCUCUCACUUGCUGGAGUAAUUUAUUACAAAAAGAAAUCAACAGGGAGAAUCCUGGUACCAACAAGUUAAUGCAGUUGUUUCCUAUCACAUGGAAAGGAACUUUGUGGAACUCAGUUUUGGAAGAGACUCCCUUUCAUUUUUUUUUUUUUUUUUUUUUUACUUUAAGCAUGUAUGGAAACACA